AUGGCUCGGCUCACCCUCCUCUCCGUCUUCUUAUUUCUGCUCAUCAUCCCCGGCCUCGUGGCUGCCGAUCCGUCCGGAGGGAAGUUCGGCAGGAAGGUGACCAUGACCGUCCAGUUCCCGGCUGCCGACUCGCCGCCGGGGGAGAUGAUCACGAUCUCAACGCACUACGUCUGCGAGGACGGGGUGCACGACAGCCACGUCCAUCUCGACUGCGACGACCACGAGCCCCAGCUUGGUUCGGCCCCAAAAUAUCUUGUCAGGAGCCUGGAGAAGAUACGAGAUGAGGAGGCGUCUCCAUCCGAGGCCUACAACAUGCCCAGUCAGUGGAUGGACGUCCUCUUUGAAUUGGUCUCAGGGAAAAUUAGGCGCGAUUUACUUUAUUAUCGUAGUAUUGUCUCUGCAAGGAGCUCGUUCGCUCGUGCGAACAAUCACUCGGUCUACUAA